GCUGGGCACUGGGCAUGCGCGCGCCGCUCAGCCUGGUCCGUUACCUGGUCUCGGCGGCGGCGGGAUGGAGGGGCUCAUCGAGCUGGUGAACCGGCUGCAGGACGCCUUCGCGGCGCUGGGGCAGAGCUGCCUGUUGGAGCUGCCGCAGAUCGCCGUGGUGGGCGGGCAGAGCGCCGGCAAGAGCUCGGUGCUGGAGAACUUCGUCUCCAGGGAUUUCCUUCCUCGAGGAUCUGGAAUUGUAACAAGGCGACCAUUGGUUCUACAGCUUGUCACUGCCAAAACAGAAUAUGCCGAGUUCCUACACUGCAAAGGGAGGAAGUUUACAGAUUUUGAUGAAGUUCGUCAAGAAAUUGAAGCAGAAACAGACAGAGUGACGGGACUGAAUAAAGGCAUUUCUUCAAUUCCUAUUAAUUUAAGAGUGUAUUCCCCACAUGUGCUAAGCCUGACUCUUGUUGAUUUGCCUGGAAUCACUAAAGUGCCAGUAGGGGAUCAACCUUCAGAUAUAGAGCAACAGAUCAGAGACAUGAUUAUGCAGUUCAUUUCUCGUGAAAACUGUCUGAUCCUGGCUGUGACUCCAGCCAACACUGAUCUUGCCAACUCAGAUGCAUUGAAGUUAGCUAAAGAAGUAGACCCUCAAGGCCUGAGAACCAUUGGUGUAAUCACAAAACUGGAUUUGAUGGAUGAAGGAACUGAUGCAACAGAGAUUCUGGAGAACAAGUUGCUCCCUCUUCGUAGAGGGUAUAUUGGAGUUGUAAACAGAAGUCAGAAAGACAUUGAUGGGAAGAAGGAUAUUAAGGCAGCCAUGCUGGCAGAAAGGAAAUUCUUCCUUUCCCAUCCAGCUUACAGACAUAUGGCAGACAGGAUGGGAACACCAUAUCUGCAGAAAGUUCUAAAUCAGCAACUCACCAAUCACAUUCGAGACACACUGCCAGCCUUCCGGAGCAAACUUCAGAGCCAGCUGCUUUCUAUAGAGCAUGAAGUAGAGGCAUAUAAAAACUUUAAACCAGAAGAUCCGACGAGAAAGACUAAAGCCUUACUGCAGAUGGUUCAGCAGUUCUCAGUGGACUUUGAAAAAAGAAUUGAAGGAUCAGGGGAUCAAGUUGACACAUUAGAACUAUCUGGUGGUGCCAAAAUCAAUCGCAUUUUCCAUGAGCGUUUUCCUUUUGAACUAGUAAAGAUGGAAUUCAAUGAGAAAGAACUGCGGAGAGAAAUAAGCUAUGCAAUCAAAAACAUACAUGGUAUCAGAACAGGUUUGUUUACUCCAGACAUGGCCUUUGAGGCUAUAGUUAAAAAACAGAUAGUGAAGCUGAAAGGGCCUUGCUUAAAAAGCGUGGAUCUGGUGAUGCAAGAGUUAAUCAACACUGUCAAGAAAUGCACUAAAAAGCUGGCGACCUAUCCAAGGCUAUGUGAGGAAACGGAAAGGAUUGUUGCUGGCCACAUUCGAGACAGAGAGGAGAAGACCAAGGAACAGGUACUGCUGCUAAUUGAUAUCCAGGUAUCUUACAUCAAUACCAACCAUGAAGACUUCAUUGGCUUUGCAAAUGCCCAACAACGAAGCAGUCAGGUUAACAAAAGUGCAGUUGGAACUCAGGGAGCCAAUCUACCGCCUUCACGGCAAAUUGUGAUCCGGAAAGGCUGGCUUACCAUCAACAAUAUCGGCAUUAUGAAAGGGGGGUCCAAGGAGUACUGGUUUGUUCUGACUGCAGAAAGCUUGUCCUGGUAUAAAGAUGAUGAGGAAAAGGAAAAGAAGUACAUGCUUCCCUUGGACAACCUGAAAGUGCGGGAUGUUGAAAAGAGCUUCAUGUCUAGCAAACAUAUUUUUGCCUUGUUUAACACGGAGCAAAGGAAUGUUUACAAGGAUUAUCGCUAUCUUGAGCUGGCUUGUGAUGCCCAGGAGGAGAUGGAUAGCUGGAAGGCAUCCCUACUGCGAGCUGGUGUCUAUCCUGAUAAAUCCUCGUUGGAAAACGAUGAGAACAGCCAAGCAGACAAUUUCUCCAUGGACCCUCAACUGGAGAGGCAGGUGGAGACUAUUCGCAACCUUGUGGACUCCUACAUGUCUAUUAUCAAUAAGUGUAUUCGUGAUCUGAUACCAAAAACAAUCAUGCACCUUAUGAUCAACAAUGUAAAAGAAUUCAUAAAUGCAGAGCUCCUGGCUCACUUGUAUUCCUCUGAGGACCAAAACACCUUGAUGGAGGAGUCAGCAGAACAGGCUCAGAGGCGAGAUGAGGGGCUUCACCUGUACCAAGCCCUAAAAGAAGCACUGGCAAUCAUUGGAGAUAUUAGCACUAGCACUAUAUCUAUCCCUGCCCCACCUCCAGUUGAUGAUUCCUGGCUACAGCAAUCCCGCAGAUCACCCCCUCCAAGUCCUUCAACUCAGAGAAGACCUACAUUAAAUAAUCCCCCAACCAGACCUUUAUCUGGCCGAGGACCUGCUCCAGCAGUCCCAUCACCAGGCCCUCUGUCUGGGGCUCCACCGGUCCCAUUCCGUCCAGGACCAUUACCUCCAUUUCCUAACAACAGUGAAGGCCUUGGGACGCCACCUCAGGUUCCAUCUCGGCCAACGCGGGCUCCUCCCAGUGUUCCAAGCCGAAGACCACCCCCUUCACCCACUCGACCCACUGUAAUUCGUCCGUUAGAUUCAUCCCUGUUAGAUUAAGUGAAGUUUCUGGCAUGUCAUUAAUUGCUAACCAAAUGUAUGGAAGCAACUCGCUUGAUAACUGUUGCAAUAACCAAGGUAUAGUCGCAUGUAUGGACAUCUGUAGGCAAGUAACUGAUUUUACUAAUAUACUCUGUCCAUUCUGUAUUGCUUAUGAGGUCUGAAAUGUCAUGGGAAGGUCUGUGAUGCCUUGACUUUCCCUCUUGCAAACAGCUGAUUUCUUAGCUAGUAUAUUGACAUAUAUAUUAAUGCAGGCACUUGAGUGUUCCCAGUUCUAUACAAUCAAACAGGGGCUUGCUGUAUUGUGUGUUGUGUUGACCGAGUGCUUAGAGUUUGCCUCUUCCCCAUUUCAAAGGGACAUCUUGUUUUUAUAAGUAGCUUCCAUGUUUCUGCGUCAGAUUGUUUAAAGAAAGGCUUCCUAUAAUUUGGGAUUAUAGUUAUACACAUUUCCUUCCUUAAAUGCCAAUUGGGCUGAGAGAAACAAUGUUGUCUGUAAUUAAAAUCUCCUGAACGCCCCAUAAUUACACAUGUCCUCAUGUCUCUUUCACAAGCCUGCUGGAUGGUUACUUUCACUAUAAUUUCUCAACAUCAGAAGCCUCUAGGUUAUGAAGGACGUUGCUAAGGAAAAUAAGGCCAUAUAUGGUGUGAUGGGCUCCGCUCUUUGUGUCCCUCUUUACAGGCCAAGGGGCAGUCAGUCUUCUCUUUUAGUAACUGGUAAGAGCCAGAUUCUGAUCCCCUUGCUCACAUUGGGUAGUAUUUCCUCAUAUGAGCAUUCCUACCAAACUUGAUGGGAGCAUGAGUGUAAACAUAACACACCAUGAGUAAGGCGUCAGAGUCUGGAGUAAGUGGGUGGUAUAUUUGGCAUUUCAGUGUGAGAAACUGGAACAGAUUGGAUAUGUGAAUGUCUGUAACUGAGCCACCAAUUCCUUACCCACUAUUUGAAUGAUAUUUUGACCAAAGUCACAGAGUUCAGAUCUGAAUUUGGAUCUGAGCUUUCUCGGUAGCAAGUGCUGUUUGGAUCGAGGAUUUUGUUUGAAGCUGAUCUCUCUUUUCAACCAUUAUUAAAACCCUCAGACAAAAUUACACUGUGUAAAGAUUUUGCAUUUUCAUUCAUUGAAAUCCCCUGUGGCUUGGUAUGAUAGUCCCUUUAUCCAACUAAAACAAGUGAGAAGUGAUCAGCUAUAUAUCCUGGAGAUGUGUUAUUUUAACAGCUGUUCAUUUUCAAGGGUCCUAUUGUUUGUUGUUGUUUACAAAAAGCUUUAUCUUAACUAGUUACCUUGCCAUUUUAAAUAGAUCAGGAAAUUUCCCUCCCUGGUGUACAACAAAUGAAGUGGACAGAAUUAAACUAAUUUGGCCUGAUGUCUUCAGAAAGUAUUUGUUGUUAGUUUAUUAUAGUUACAAUUCCUAAGGGAAGGCAGUUGGUGGUUAUGAUGGCCAUCACUGUAAUGAAUCAAUCUAAUGAAUUCAUGUAUUGAGGCUGUAUGUGGUACUACAGUACACAGUAUCUCAAUGGUUGGGAGGGAUCCUAUCAGAACCACAACCAGUGGGAAUUUUGCCUGUUAAAUAUUCCCAGACUGUUGAUUUAAAUAAUAGCUGUGUCCACCACUGAAGCAAAUUGUGUUUCUGUUACAUAAGAGAGUUUAACUUGGGAAAGCAGCGUGAUUUUUAUAUUAGUUUAAUUUCCUGUCAACCUUAUACUCAGCACACGCACCUGUAGAGUCUAGAGGUCAGUGUUUUAAGCACUGCAAAGAUGGACUUUGACACGUUGGUGAUCUUAGUGAAUUGCUAAAAUGGCCAAUGUUAAUUUGAAGAACAUGCUAAAAUACUGAACAACAAACUUAUAAAAUCAUCUUUAAAGUAAAAAGAAAUUGCACCUUCUAAAUUCAGUUGUGCUGUUUUGAAUUAUGGGAAAGUAAAAGAUUACAUUUCAAUGAUGUUUCUAUGCUUUCCACUCUUUAGUAUUCUGUAAUUUAAUACGUAACAUGUUAUUUAUUAUAGGUAUUUAUAUGGUACUAUACCAGUAGGUGUAUGCUUUACAGGCAAAACUUCUGUAUUUAUUAUCUCCAAGUUUUAAUUUGCAACCAACUUCUAUUAUAAAGCCCUAUUUUAGCACCCUUUUAAUUUUGACUUUGGAAACUGAUUUGGCAAAAAAAAUUGAAAUUUUUUUUUCAAAAAGCACAGGAGAAAGUGUCUAGUUAAAUCUGCUUGAGACAGCUACAUUUUAAAGAAAAUAGACUGAACUUAAGCCAAGUUAUUAAUAAUUUUUGUUGUGGAUAAAUCUUAAACUGCCCACACAUUGCCUGAUUCUGAGUUCAUGUACGCUGUUGUCAAGCUAUAGUAACUCCACUGAAGUCAUUGGAGUUACAGCAGAGUAAAUUCUGCAUAACCGAGAUCAGAAUCAGGCCCAUAACAUAUUGGGCCUAAUUCUCAAUUGCCCUGUAUUUUUGUAGUCAUUUACUUCAGUGCAAAGUGGGUAUAAAGAAAUCAGAAUGGGAUAGCAUCUGACACACAGUUUGCACUGAAGUAAAUGGCUACAAAAGGUGAAGAGAAUUGGGCUCGUUUUUAUCAGUCACUAAGAAAUGCAUAUUUCAUCACAGUGUAGCAACAUUAAAUCUGACCCAAAAUAAAGAGUAUUCUUUCAUCAGUGAUCUCAAAAUGUAAACAAUACAAAACUAUUCUGGAAGGAAACACAGCAUUUAAAUAUGUGCGCAUUAAUCAGCCUCAAGUGCAAAUCCACAUACUCUGAUAAUUUUACCUUAAGUUGAUAGUUAUGCAUUUUUCAGAGUAAACUACGUUUCUCAAGAAAAAGGAAUUCUAAAUACUUUACCAAAAAAGUCUACCGCCAGCUGAUACAGAUUCAUCUUAUAAUCAUAGUUCAUGUUUGUCAGCAUGGCAAUCUGUGGAACUGCACUCUUCAUUCCUACUCACCCUGAUUACGUUUAGUUCCUCUCCUCCCCUCCCACCCCCUCAAGUUCUUACCAGAAACAUUCCUGGCAGCAGCUCACUCCGUGCUGGAAGGACAGCUGGGCAACUCGCCAGUACUUCUGCCUAGAUCUUCCAGUAGGGGAGUGGCUGACUGAGAAAGGUAGCGUUUCCCUCCACAGACAAUGGCGUGCUAAGCCUGAGAUCCCAUAUCCCAGACACACAGCCAGGGACUGUUCACCCUUCAUUAGACUGUCUCUAGAAAAGCUCAGAAGACUGACUGUAGAGGAUGAUUCUUUUCCUGCAGUUAACUUAAUAGGAAUGAAGGGCUGGGGGAGUUUGUCUGGCUGUGUGUGUGGAAAGAUGGAUCAAGGACUUCUCAUGUUAGUGAUCUCCAAUCUCCAUUCCAUUCCUUGGUGAGCAGUGUCCAUGUGGUUGGAUGACCACUUCUAGUUUGGCUUCAGGCUGGUGCUCAUCCAUUAUUUUGUUUAGGCGAAGCCUAGCUCUUAGCAUGGAUAGUGUAUUGUGCCUUGCAAAGUCAUGGUUGACCUUGCUAAAGAGGUGUAAUGUGCCUGCUUGUGUCAUAAGUAGCUCUCAGUCUGUAACCCUACACCUUCCUAAGACAAGGAGUGUCUGUGAAAUGAAAAGGAAGGCUUAGCUAUAGUAAAUAUGUAUUUACUUCAUUGCCUGUCUUAUUGCACUUUCUGAAUAAGCCUCUUCUAAAAGAGACUUCUGUUCUAUUAAGAGAGAUGUGUGUGUUUUGUAUAAUGCCAUCUUGUGUUAUACUAGAACAUAGAAAAUAUUAUACUCGAUAUUGCAAGCCUCUAUUUAAAACUAUGUGCAUACAGUACAGAGAGAUUAUUAGAUAGAUCUAUUUGUCUUAAGAACUGAAGACCACUCAAUUGAAUGCAGACCUGUUUUGCACUGAUGGUAUUGGUGAGGUGUUUCACCCUCUGCAUUGGUUUUACAUGAGGCUCAUGUCCUGCUUUUGUCUUUGAUCCCCCCCCAUGCCGUGCUCUGCAUGUAACACAGUAGAACAGCUUCUUUUUGUAAAUGAAUAUCACUCUGCCUGUCUUUCCUCUUGCUUUAUCUCCAGGCGAGUGGAUACAGAUGGCUUCUCCCGUCCAGAGAGUCCAACGCACUUGCUUGAUAUGUGAUUUGUUCCAUGUUGCCGGCUGUUUGUUUUGUUCCCGGUUUGUGUUUUAUCCCUCUCUACUUUUCCAGAAUGAUGUACACAGUGGCGUCGUUUUGUGAGGAGCAAGUGCUCAGAUUCUCUCUGAAUGUUGCUCUGUAUGUUAAUUGCCUCGUUAAUAUGAGCCACAACACCUGCCAUUGGUUUUGCAGUAUGUAAAUGAUUACUGGCAUGGAUUUUUGCACACUGUGACUGGAUCUCUGAAUCCUCAGUCAUUACCGAAGGUCUCAUACACCUGCUGUAAAAAUGUCGCACUGCAUUUCUGAACCUGAAAUAAAGGUGAAUAUUG